AUGGCAUUUACUUAUGGAAGACAAAGAUCUUCCUCAUUGAAUUCAAGUCAAUCAUCAUAUUCAAGCCCCCAACCAUCACAGUCAACUCAAAUUUUCCCACAAUCUUCAUCAACAAAUAUUCAAGGAGUUCAAGAAACAAAUAAAAAUGAUUCACCACUACUACCUCCACAACAAACAAUUAAUUCAACAAUGAAUCAACCAAUUAAUUCAACUGAAUCAAAUACUACUCAACUGCCCAAAACUACCUCCUAUCAAACACCAAAAUUAACAUCAGCAAAUUUAAAUACAACUCAAAACAAUCAUACUAGCAAUAUAGCACCAACUCCUAAUUCAACAAGAAGUAUGUCAAUAAUAAGCUUAGAUAGAAGUCCAAGAAAUUCAAUAGUAUCCUUAGAUGAAAAUUUAAGAACAAGAAAUAACAGUACUUCAAGUUUAGUAUCCCUAAAUCACGUCAAUUUGAAUAAUCUAAUUACAAUGACUCCCGUAUCAAAUUCAUCGAAUCAAGUACCUAAAAUUAACGAUCAUUCUAAUUUAACGAAUAAACUGAAAUCCAAUAUUUCACAUCAUAAACUUAGUUCAUCAGCAAUUAUAUCAGAUGAUGACUCAGAUUAUAAUUCAGGUUUAUCAUUCACAAAUUCAGAAAUUCCACCACUUCCAAUAAAAAAGCAACAACAAUUACCCGACAAACAAGUUCUUACAUCAGGAUAUAGACAAAAGCGAAGAAGUAUAAAAGAAGAUUCAUUCAAAAUACUAAAAGAAGAUUUCAGAUUUAAAUUUCAUGAAUUAAAUCAAGCUCCAAUUCCAACAUCUCCAAUCUCAAACCUUAAACAAUCUCAUCUACAUAGCUUAAAUGCAAGUCCAACAUCAGAAUAUUUAACACAUCCUCAUUUAAAUAUAGAUAAAGACGUGUUAAAAUUAACAGAAUCAGCAAUAGAUCAAAACGCGUCUUCAUCUACAAAUACACCACCAAUUAAUCCAAAACAAUCACAACUUAAUGUUAAAAAAGUAAAAUCAAACACAUUAAUUCAACAAUCAAUUUACAUCAAGAGGAAACUAGCAUUUUCAAAAGAUUUACAAAUGGAAUAUUCAAACACCUCAAUAUCUUCACCAACUAUAAAAAAUCCCUUGACAUCAAUGAAUCCUCCCUUAACUCAUCAUCAUGUAUUAGCACCUCCAUUAACAGAAUCCUCAACCUCACCAUUAUCCACAAGUUCAUCAAAAACCAACGACAAGAUAUUAUUACCACCAAUUGAUAAUAAUAAAUUUUCAAAUCUGAAAAUAAAUCACCCAAUUUUACCUUCAAUAACUGCUCAAAAUGAACUUAUAAGUAAAUUAAAUAAAAAAUGGAAUAAAGCAAUGAUGUAUGAAAAAAACAACUCAAAAGAUCUGUCAAAAAAGGAAAAUACCGAGGAAAGUGUAACUUCAUUAGCUACUGUUCCAAACAAACGGAAAAGAAGUAGAAGAAUUUCAUUUGAUGAUGAUGUUGAAUAUGAAAGUUAUGAAGAAUUUACUUGA